GGUCGUGAGUCCUGAGUCCUGACAACACGGUUGCGUACUAUUUUGCCUUUAUAACAACUACGGCUACGGGUCCACGGGGAGAUCGUGCAGUGCAAGCAGGCAGAGAUCAGAGAUGGGAGGCGAUCGGAAGAUUGGCGUGGCUCUGGACUUCUCCAAGAGCAGCAAGACGGCGUUGGCCUGGGCCAUCGAUAACCUCCUUGACAAGGGCGAGACCUUGAUCGUCCUUCAUACCAUUACCAAGCACGGCAAAACCGAUGAGACCAAGCACGCUCUCUGGGCCAAAUCCGGAUCUCCUCUGAUCCCUCUAUCGGAGUUCCGGCAGCCGGAGGUCAUGAAGCAGUAUGAUCUGGAAGUUGACGCCGAGGUGCUUGACUUGCUUGAUACCGCUUCAAGGCAGAAGGAGGCGACGAUUGUGACCAAGUUGUACUGGGGUGAUGCGAGGGAGAAGCUCUGUGAUGCUGUUGAAGAAUUGAAGCUGGACUCGCUGGUCAUGGGAAGCCGAGGCCUUGGCCAAAUCCAGAGGAUUUUGCUCGGUAGCGUUACGAACUAUGUUCUGUCACAUGCGGCAUGCCCUGUUGUCAUCAUCAAGGAUCCAGACUUCAAAAAUUAGUGCUUUUGAAGAUCUAUUUAUACUUGAGAAUAAACGAGAUUUUAAACUAUUGUGCAGCCAUUUCAUGAGAGGAAUGAACUUUACAUAAGUUGGUGCUAUGGGAAGUGUUUAAGUCCAUUGUUGAAUUUGUAAUGUGCUGUGGUAUUUGAAGCUUUCAGUUUCCCGUGUGUGACUGUGUCUUGUUUGAAAUAAAUUUAUGAAGUUAGACUAAUGUUAUAUUGAACUCUCGAGAUUUUUUUUUA